CAUAAAAAUCGUCUCUCUGAAGAAAGAAACCGAAAAAAAUCCAGGCAGACUCUGUAAAAGAAACUGCGAGAAACUGAAGGAAAGUUAGAGACAUUUGCGCUUCUCUAAUGGCUAAUCUGCCUCAGUCUCUCUCCAUGAAUGCUCCUUUUGGUGGCCCCAGUGCCUCCACUCCUACCGCCGCCGGUGCACCGCCUAACAAAGACCGAAAAAUGGCGUCAGCAGAGCAUUUGGUGCUUGACCUAAGUAAUCCAGAUCUUCGAGAAAACGCCCUUCUUGAGCUCUCUAAGAAAGAGACAUUAUUUCAAGAUUUGGAGACUCCCAUUGUUUGGAAUUCUUUUGGUACUAUUGCUGCACUUUUACAGGAGAUAGUUUCUAUAUAUCCUGUUUUAUCUCCACCAAACCUCUCUCCCGCACAAUCAAACCGAGUUUGCAAUGCUCUUGCUCUUCUUCAGUGUGUAGCCUCUCAUCCAGACACAAGGAUGUUGUUCCUCAAUGCUCAUAUACCCUUGUAUCUUUACCCUUUCCUUAAUACGACUAGCAAGUCAAGGCCUUUUGAGUACUUGAGGCUGACCAGCUUAGGUGUCAUUGGUGCCCUUGUGAAGGUUGAUGACACUGAGGUUAUUAGUUUCCUUCUCUCAACUGAAAUAAUUCCAUUGUGCCUGCGUACCAUGGAGAUGGGUAGCGAAUUGUCAAAAACAGUUGCAACAUUUAUUGUUCAAAAAAUCUUGUUGGAUGAUGUGGGCUUGGAUUAUAUUUGUACUACAGCAGAACGGUUUUUUGCAGUUGGUCGAGUUUUGGGCAACAUGGUUGCAGCACUGGCCGAACAACCCUCAUCUCGGUUGUUAAAACAUAUUAUUCGAUGUUAUCUUCGACUGUCAGAUAAUCCUAGGGCUUGUGACGCAUUAAGAAGUUGCCUGCCAGACAUGCUACGAGAUGCCACCUUCAGUAGUUGCCUUCGUGAAGAUCCAACAACUAGGCGAUGGCUGCAGCAGUUGCUUCACAAUGUAGGAGUGAAUCGGGUUCCAGGGCUUCAGGCUGGUGGGGGUUUUGAUCACAUGCUCGUGAACUAAAAUUGAACUGCAAAACUUUCUUAAGAUUGCGUGCUGUUAUUUGCAAUUCCGGCAAAUGACUCAUCAUCUUUGAUUUUUUUUAUGUGAAUUAGCAUCAGGUGUUUAAUGUAGUUACUGCUUGUCGGCAUGGAAUAACCCCAAAAGAGAAAGUUGUCUCUGUGCCAGUAGCUUUAGUGUUGUUCAUGUGUAAUGGGAACUGGGAAAAAUGUUGUUCAUAUUGAUUUUGGGGGGUGAGUCCCAAUGGUUUAAUGCUUUUGCUGUGAUUGGAUUUCAGACUAUUACAGAUCAAAUUUUAGAAAAUUAUAAGAAAAUCAUUAUAUUCAUUUAAUUUC